GUCUCAAAUAAUAACCGACUCUAACAGUGAAACACUCAAACCGUCAACACUCCAAGCACAUCUCUCUGGAGAGGCUUUUCACCAUGUUGGCUCACCUCCAAAUCUUCUUCCUCCUCCUCCUCCUCUCACUCUCCACCAUCUCCACCUCUGAAUCAGACACACCCAUUUCCCGUUUCCAAAAUUACCUCAGAAUCAACACUGCUCAUCCUAACCCAAACUACACUACCCCCAUCGACUACCUCACACAAUUCGCUAACACCAUCCCAAAUCUCCACUCCAAAAUCAUUCACCUCACCCCUACUAUACCUCUCCUGUUAUUAACCUGGCCUGGUUCCAAUCCUUCACUUCCUUCCAUUCUCUUCAACUCCCAUCUUGACUCAGUACCCGCUGAGCCUGAUAAAUGGACCUACCCACCCUUUUCCGCUUACAGGGAUUCUGAUGGAAGAAUCUUCGCACGUGGAGCCCAGGAUGAUAAGUGUAUUGGUAUGCAGUAUUUGGAGGCAAUCAAAGUGAUUCAAAGCAGUGAUCCGAAUUUUGUGCCAUUGAGAAAUGUUCAUAUUUUGUAUAUCCCUGAGGAGGAGGUUGGUGGGUUUGAUGGGAUGGGGAAGUUUGUGGAGCGUAAAGAAUUUGAAGAGUUAAAUGUUGGGUUUGUGAUGGAUGAAGGACAGGCUUCGACUAAUGAUGAGUUUAGAGUGUUUUAUGCUGAUAGGACACCUUGGCAUAUGGUGAUUAAGUCUGUUGGAACCCCUGGACAUGGUUCUAAAUUGUAUGAUAAUACUGCUAUGGAGAACUUGAUGAAGAGUAUUGAGGUUGUUACUAAGUUUAGGGAGUCUAAGUUUGAUAUAGUCAAGGCUGGAUUGGCUGCUAAUUCUGAGGUCGUUUCGGUCAACCCAGUGUUUCUCAAGGCCGGAACUCCUUCCCCAACUGGAUUUGUGAUGAACAUGCAACCCUCUGAGGCUGAGGCAGGAUUUGAUAUUAGGAUGCCACCAACAACUGACCCACAACUUAUGAGGAAGAUAAUUGAAGAGCAAUGGGCACCAACUUGGAGGAACAUGACAUAUGAGAUAACUGAGAAGGGAUUCCUAAGGGAUAACAAGGGACGUCCUCUGAUGACUCUUGCUUCCGAUUCCAACCCUUGGUGGUCCAUUUUCAAUGAAGCUGUUACUAGAGCUGGUGGCAAACUCUCCAAGCCUGAAAUAUUAGCUUCGACUACUGAUGCUCGAUUCAUGAGACGGCUGGGAAUUCCCUCCUUUGGUUUCUCCCCUAUGAAGAACACCCCCAUCUUACUUCAUGACCACAAUGAGUUCCUCAAGGAUACUGUUUACUUGGAGGGGAUUAAGGUGUAUGAAUCCAUUAUAAAGUCAUUAAGUUCCUUUGAGGGAUCUUAUGAACACUGAUGCAAUGGGUUUCUCAACAAUGAAGCAUUUGAAAACUUGUUUUGCAGGGGAUCUCUCUUUUGGAAAUGAUGAUUUGUGCACACAAUAUAAUUUUAUAACAUCAUGUACAAUCUAGAAGGGGAAAAGUGUGUUACACUUGAGAGUUGAGACUCGUGUAAAUGUAAGUGUACCACUUGCAAUAAAUUAGGUUGACAAAGCAUGCAGACUAUGCUUCUUUGGAGCUUCUACCAUUUAUUCUCUGAUGUAGAAACCCAUCUGGAGUUUUUUUUUUUUUUUUUUUUUUGACCUUUUCAUCAAAAAUAAAGAAAAAGAAGCAGCCCAUCUGGAGUUUAAUCAGUCAAUAUUUCUACCUAUGUCAAAUAAUGUAUUGGUAAAUUUGCAGAACUUAUGCUGCAGUUUAAAUGUUUGUAAUAUCUUGAUCUGGUGACAUGUAUUCCUUACGAGCAGUAUGGAAAAAAGCGUGGUUUAUUUAUUGCUGAA